AUGUUAUUAAGAUAUAAAUUAAAUAGGUAUUUCACUCUAGUUAAUUAGGAGAAAAAAAUGAAGAAAAAAUAUGAAAUAAUAAGAUUAAUUAAUUAAUAAUUAAUAAAAUUAACAAAGAAUGAAAAAAUAAGAAAUCAUAAUAAAAAGAAUAAGGAAAACAAAUCAAAUAAAUUAAAAGAACUAUAAUGUUUUAAAUUAACUUUUAUAAUUAAAAAUAUUACGAGGUAAAACAAAUAAAUAGCUUUUAUUAAGUAUAAAUUUUAAUAGCAAAAAAUUAAGAAAAAAUAUCAAAUAAUAAAAAAUGAAUAAUAAAUAAUUAAAUAAAAAUUGAAAUUAAAAUUAAGUUAAAAUAGCAAAAAAAAUAUUGUUUUAAUAAAAAUCAAUAAAUAAUGA